AUGGCGCGUGCAGGCUCGUUUCCAGCUGAGGCGCCGGGGAGGGACAUGAACGCUCCAAUGCGCUUGGCGAAGCAUGACACCAGCACGUACUGGGGGCGGGUCUUUGAUUUCCAGCAGAGAAUCAACCCGCGAUUCAUGUUUGUGAGAGAAACAGAAGCGCGAGAGAGCGCAAAAAUCGUCAAUCUGGCUCAGCACGGAAAAUGGAAAGAACUCCGAGAGCGAGGCAUCGACGAGAAGAAGCUUCAGGAAGUCUAUCUAGUUGCGCAAAGCACCAUCAAUGCCAGUGACGGCUCAGUCAUUCAUCCGCUCUUCCGUCUUGCUGCCUUCUGCCCCGUCAACAUUCCCAUUGGAGGAGGCAUGCUUUUGGGACGGCCGACGUUCGCGAACAGUGUUUUCUGGCAGUGGGUUAACCAAACGUACAACGCUUGCUUCAACUGGGCAAAUGGAAACCGAUCUUCAUCUGCGGAUGCUGCUCAAGACAGAAAAGACAUUAUAAAAGGCUACAUAGCUGCCGUCUGCCUCUCCGUCGGCCUCGCCGUCAGCAUGAAUGGCAUGCUGGCGAGGUCCAAGAGCCAGGGCGUCGCGCGCAAGCUGUUGCAGGCUGUUGUGCCAUACACGGCAGUCGCCGCCGCGAAUUUCGGGAACACGGCUUUAGUGAGAGGACAAGAAAUCCAAAAGGGAAUCCCCGUCUACGAUGCUGAUAAGACGCAAGUGGGCAUCUCGAAGAAAGCCGCGACUCAGGCAGUCGUGCAAACAGGCGUUUCGCGCGUGGUCCUGCCGGUCCCUGCGCUCCUUCUCCCGUACCCCGUGAUGAGUGUCUUCAACGCGCUCCUUCCCAUCACGCGCACGAACGCGUUCGUUAGGGUUGGCAUGGAACUCUCAGUCAUUUUCGGCUGCCUCUUCGUGGGCCUCCCUCUCGCCGUCGGCAUGUUCCCCGAGUACAGCGAAAUGGACGUGAAAGAUUUGGAGCUCGAGUUGCAGCAAGACCUGAAGAAGCGCUCUGGCGGGACCGUUCAAAAAGUCUACUUCCACAGGGGCGUGUAG